GCGCCAAGGCUGAGUUCAUUGGUUCCCUCAGUCAGUCGCUCUGAGGCCGAGCGUUGGCUCCGAAGAAGCCCGCUAGUUUAUCAGUUUAGGGACCGAGAGAGGUGAACAGGCUCGAGGGGCUUUUUUACCUGGCAUCUAGGGUGUCCCUGGGGGAAAGGUCCCGGUAGCUUCAGAAAUGCAGGCCCACGCCGGUACCCCUCCCGCAGUACUCCGAAAGCUUCCAGUCAGGUUGAAGGCCUCUGACGCGAGGGAAGGAGGCGAGGCUCCCAAACCGGCUCCUCCCCGUGGCUUGCGGCGGCAAAGCAAGGCCCGGCCCUCAGUGGCGCCUCUUCUUCCAUCCCGUCCCCUUGUGGGGCCACGCCGCCGCUGCAGCCUGGUCAUCCGUCCACGCUCCCUCCCGUCUUUUCAUCACUCCUUUUCAGCCGCGGGUGGGCUGAGGCGACGGGAGCGGUUCGCCGCUACUGGGGAGGAAGGGAGGCGAGGCAAAGCGAUGGCGUCGUAUAUGGGGAGCCGGACCCUGAGCAAGGACGACGUGAACUAUCGGCACCACUUCCGCAUGAUUAACGAGCAGCAAGUGGAGGACAUCACGCUGGAGUUCUUCUACCGGCCCCACACCAUCACCCUUCUCAGCUUCACCAUCCUCAGCCUCAUGGCCUUCGCCUUCACCAGGGAUGAUUCAACACCAGAAGAUAAUAUUUGGAAAGGCAUCCUCUGUGUGAUUUUCUUCUUUCUAAUCAUCAGUGUUUUAGCCUUUCCAAAUGUGUCUCUAAAUGGUAUUGAUUUCAGUUGUGUAGCCGAGAGGAACGAUUUUCCACCUGAAUUCAACCUGAGCCCAGGGCAGCAGACAUUAGCUGCUGCUCUCUGUCUCUCUCUGUCUUUCUCUUCCUUUUGCUCACCUCUUCCCAUCUCCCCAAAUCAUCAACAGGAAUAUGCUGUGAAUUGCCAUGUUAUCACUUGGGAGCGAAUCCUCAGCCAUUUUGACAUAUUUGCUUUUGGACAUUUCUGGGGCUGGGCAAUGAAGGCUUUAUUAAUCCGUAGCUAUGGGCUGUGUUGGACUAUUAGCAUCACCUGGGAGCUGACUGAGCUGUUCUUCAUGCAUCUGCUGCCUAAUUUUGCUGAAUGCUGGUGGGAUCAAGUCAUUUUGGACAUCCUGCUAUGUAACGGGGGUGGCAUCUGGUUGGGCAUGGUAGUUUGUCGUUGGUUGGAGAUGAGGACCUAUCACUGGGCAAGCUUCAAGGACAUUCACACCACUACAGGUAAAAUCAAGAGAGCUGUGUUACAGUUCACUCCAGCAAGCUGGAUAUAUGUCCGCUGGUUUGAUCCCAAGUCUUCAUUUCAAAGAGUGGCUGGAGUAUACCUUUUCAUGAUUAUCUGGCAGUUGACAGAGCUGAACACAUUUUUCUUGAAGCACAUCUUUGUUUUCUAUGCAAGUCACCCCUUAAGCUGGGGUAGGAUCCUCUUCAUUGGAAUUAUCACAGCACCCACUGUGAGACAGUACUAUGCUUACCUCACAGACACACAGUGCAAAAGAGUAGGAACUCAGUGCUGGGUGUUUGGAGUUAUUGGUUUCCUGGAAGCUAUCGUGUGCAUCAAAUUUGGUCAAGACCUCUUCUCCAAAACACAAAUAUUGUAUGUUGUGCUCUGGCUCCUUUGUGUGGCUGUUACUACAUUCCUGUGUUUAUAUGGAAUGGUUUGGUAUGCAGAUCACUAUGGACAAAGAGAAAAGACACUGUCAGAAAGUGAAGACAGCUCAUACAUUCCAGAUGCUUCCUGGCUUAACUCUAAGUUUACUAGAGGAAUGGAAGACAAUCCACCCAAACAUUCGAGCAACAGCGAGAGCCAUUCAUCUAGGAAGAGGAAUCGCCAUUCAAAAACAAAAGUAACCAAUGGAAUUGGCAAGAGAUAGAGGGAGAGAGAGACAGAGAGAGUGAGUCAGUUUCUAGAUUUGUUCCAGAAGUGUGCCUGAGAGCAAAGAAGCAAAACUGGGCCUGGGUCUGAAUUCCCUGCUUGAAGGUUGACAAGAGAAGAAGAGGAGGAGACAGAAGGGGACAACAUCUUCAGCAACCAGAGGCCCUGGACCUUGUUAAGAUGGAGCUCAUCCGUGUAUCACAAAUCAUUAGCUGCUGUCACUUGCCAUUCAUUGGCUUAAAUCUAACCUCUUAUGCACUUGACACUCAAAACAGUAGUAAUAUGUUUAAAGGCAAAAUAGUUGCUUGCUCCUGAGGGGUUCACGUGAUAGUCAAGUAGUGUAGAUACCUUCUGAUGACUUUUCUUUCAUUGAGAAGGAUAAUCCCAAGUUAACUGUCAACCAGUUGGCUUUGUUUGCUUGUUUUUUGGUUGUGGAUUUUUAAAUUUUUGUUUGUUUGUUUGUUGCAGUACAACUUUUUGACUGAAAGAUGCUCUGCUUUUGUUCUCAAUUUGACCGCUAAGCUUUUCUGUGCUCUUAGACUUUUAGGAAAUCAACAGUACCAUAUUUCAAUCAGCAGGGGGCUAAGUGUUAGAAAGUGUGUUCAUGAUUUUUGUCCAGUUCAUCUUUUUAUCAUUUUUAACUCUGAAUGUUUGUUGUGUUCACUCCCAUGUCAGAGAGUCUUGAUAUUCUGUUAUACAGCAAGCACUGUGUCUGCCCUUACUGGCAGAACCACAGACCCAGCCUCAUUUGGGUGCAUACAUACACCUUGCUUAUUUUCUGACAUCUCCAGUGUUUCCUGUUUCUUUAUCAUUGCUACAGCUACAUCAUUGCUUUUCAAACAUUUUCUUCUUCAUAGGCCUGAGCCCCCAACUGCAAGAAAAUGAUUCCAAUUUUAAAGCAAAAGUCACACUUAAAGCUUUGCAAACCCCUGGUGGUCCUAAUGCAGCUGCUUAUCUGUGAAUGCUGUAAUGUUCUUGGUAUUGUGGUGUUCUUUUUUUAAAGAAAUAAUUGAUACACACUUAACUCCACUUUUCCUGGGGUCAGUUUUACAGAAUGCUUCAGCGUUUUUAUUCUUAUCCUCCUCCCCCCCUCCAAUAAUUGGAAAAUUGGUCAGAGAGCAUCAUUCCCAAGAAACGAAACGGUCAUAAUGAUAAAGCAUUAAACCUCAAAUAUUAAGUUGUCAGAAACAAGCAGUUUUGCAUAGUUUUUGUUUUCUGUGUUUGGUUGGUCUUUCUUCAUGUGUGCCAAUUAGGUUGUGGGGCUGCUUUCUGCAGAAGACGUGCAAAGGUGACAGGUUAAAUAAGAACCCACAUCCUUUCCAUUACGCUUCAGCUGGGAAGUGCUACCUGCUGUGAUAAUGCCACAGGAUAUGCACUACAAGAUCUGAAAUAGUAAAACUCCAGUGUACUAGCAAAGUGGCUAUAAACAGAAAAAAGACCACUGUAAUCCAUGGCUACUUAUGUGCCACAAAGGAUCAGCUUUUUGAAUGCAUUCACUAUGCAGCUGCUAAUCCAGGGAAAGCUCUGUUUUUCACGAAUGUGCAAACUCUUGCAUCAAAAGCUGCUAUAUUCUAUUUGCUGCAACUCUGCUAAAUGUUACAGGCCCAGGGAAAAUGCAUGCCUGGAACUUUUAUACCAACAAAUGUUGGUUUCUCAUUCAAAUUUUGACAUUUGUAUGCUGUUGCAUCCAUGCAUUCUGAGCAUGUUGCAUAGUUAUGGAAUGUGUUUUAUUUAUACUCAAAUUCAUUUUAUUUUCUCUCUCAAUUCCUUAAGAGCCAGUUACUUAAGACAAACCAAUGUGUUUUUUUCUAUUUAUUCAAGACCAAAGCCAGAAAAUGUUAAUGCUCUUGUGAACAUUUCACACAGUGCAUUUUAGUGUUAAUAAUGCCCACUUUCCCAAAGACAGAACCCUGUUUUGCAGAGCCUAUAGCAUGUAGAAUUCUGAUUUUGCUGAAAUCUGUAGUAAAGUUCCCAUUUACUUUGCUGGAGAUGUGGCCCUAGUUCUAAUACAUUGCAGACAAAGGCCAUGUUUGUCAGUUGAAACUAGUGCUUACACAAAAUGAGUGUACAUGCAGAUCUUUUGCAAAAUCAGAACUGAUGUUCAUAAUUACUGUGACUGGAAAGCAAGACACCAAGUGUCUUUUCAGCCUCCUCCUCCCAGCAGCAACUCCCUGCCCCCCCCCAAAAAAAAUGCUUUCCCCAAAGGUCUAGGGCCAUCUGGAGUAGCACAUCCCCUGGGUGCAUGGACUACUACUGGAAGUCGAAAUCAACAAUGUAAUUAUACCUGUGUGCACACAGAAGUACUUUACAUAUGCACUUUGGAUCCUGUCCUGUAUAUUUUUUUUCAUUAAGGAGUUUAAAAAGUUGAUCUUGCAUGACUGAACUCAGAAGAUGAGCAAUCCUUCAUUAAUUGCUGUAAAAGAAAACAUCCUAUCCUAAUGUCCCCAUGUUCAUAAAUAUCAAUUAUGUAAAAGUGUUCAAGUGUUGUAUGAAAUAUGACAUUUUCUUUAAAGCCAUCCCUUAUCCUAGCUCAAAGUGACAUGUAAGAUCUUAGUUCAUACUCAGCCUGCAGGGUGAUACAUAUGUUCUAAAUCUUCUAUGGAAACAGACCAACAGAAAUAGAUGGGAGUUUGGUCAGGUCUUGAUAUACAGUGUGGUCAGGCCUGAAAGGUUUGUCCCAUAACUAGUGAACUCCACAUGAGAGACAUGGUGCUACCCAUCCUUGUAUUGGGAAUUUUGGAAGGUAUGUAUUUGCUCCCAUUUUCAUGCUUUUAAACUUGCUUUCUGCCUUUUUCAUGUUCCCCUCAUCCCACUUUCCCAUUUUCCCCCAUCUGUGUACACUCCCUUAUGGUUGUCUUUGAAUUAAUCAUUUACUGUGUGAGUAUUGAAAAAAAGAGGUUGACCUGGUUCUACUGGAGACUGUGUUGUAUUAUCAGUCAAUGAUGGGGGGCUCUAACCUGCUUUGGCAUGGCCUGAACAAUGGCAACUGGUUAUAACAUUGCAACAACAACAAAAACAACCUCUUAACAUAUAUAUAUAUAUAUAUAUAUAUAUAUAUAUAUAGUCAAGGCCAAGAGUACAUCCAAUAGGAACAGAAAAGUCUACCCACCCAAAAUUAAUCUAUUGCUAGCUGCCAGUAUUGAACCUGGGUAGAGCACUAUUAUGUAUAAAAAGACAGUAUCUAAUGAAAACAUGGAAUCUGGUUUCCACUCUGCUUUUGGUUACUCACCUGUCAAAAAUAAAGUCCUGAAAUGCCUGGGA